AUGGGGGUUCCUGAGUUAUGGGAUGUGUUAAGACCAGCAUUUGGUAAAAGAAUUCCUCUUGAUCGGCUAGUUGACCAAUAUGUUCGAAGGUUCAAUCGUACACUUCGAGUUGCUGUUGAUGCUUACAUGUUUGUGUUUCAAUCACACCACAGUUCAAUUGUCGUUGAAGAUAAAAGAUCAAUAAUGAUUCAAAAUUUCAUGUCGAAAAUACUUGCUUUGAUUGGGUUGAAUAUAUCUGUAAUAGUUGUAUUUGACGGGAUAUUGAAACCAGACAAGUCGGGAAAUACUGCUCCCAAGGGAAUGGAUUACGAGAAGGCAUUGAGUCGAUUUCAACGGCAUUUCAAUUUCUCGGAGAAUAACUCAUUUGUCGAGGAGUUGAAAAAAGUGUUGAAAUUGAACAAGAUUGAGUAUUUCCAAGCUGCAGGCGAGGCAGAGGCACAGUGCGCUUAUAUUCAGCGGUUAGGAAUUGUUGACUUUGUUAUUUCAAACGAUGUGGAUACGUUAAUUUUUGGAGCUACAAAAGUCUUGCGCAAUUUUAGUAGGUUUGUUGAGGAUGUAGGUGCAUCGCCUACAAAGAAACAGGCAACUUUGAAGCAAAAAUAUUAUGUGACUCCCGUCGACAUGAGCCAAGUUGAAGCAAUCACCGGGUUGACUACGAAUAGGUUGGUAUUUUUGGCAUCAAUGAGAGGGGGCGAUUAUUCAUCGGGUGUACUGAAAAUGGGUAUCACCAAUGCGAAAAAUUUGGCGUUAAGUGGUACAAGACAUGCAAUGUACUAUCAUCGUCAAAGAACCAAGCAGGAGUUGAAAGAAGAGAAAAAAAAUGCAUCAAAGAAUUUGAGGCCGCCUCCAGACUUUGCCCAGGAGUUUAUUGAUUGUUUUGUGUGUUCGCAAGAGGUGCUUUUACGACCGUGGGAUGCCAGAAAGGAUCAAAACAAACGAAAACAGGAACUAGAGAGCUUUUCAACGAGAUUAAACUUGUACUUGAGUGGGUCAAAUCGAGAUAUAUUUGGCAGAAGUGUUGCCAUCAAAGAGGAGAUCAAAUUUGAUGAGUAUUGUACGUUGUUGUACUUGUUCCCAUUUGUUGAAUCUAGAUUACCGAUAUUCUUGCCGUACACCUUGAGCUCAGGUGAGCUCACAACGGAUACUUCUUUAAAUAUCACUAUAAAUGAAGAUAUUUAUCGAUCAAGCGAAAUCAGCGAUCUUGGAUUAGCUGAAAAUAGUUGUUUGUGUGGUAUAAGUCAAACUGAGUUAUUUGUGCCAGAUACGUAUAACUGGCAAAUCAGAUACAUUGUCUUUAAACUAUUGUCUAAAGACCCGUCCAUUAGAAUCACCAAUCAUAAGCUCGAGGAUGAAGUUGAAAAGAUAAUGCUCAAAUUUAACGUUUGUGAAAUUUGUGAGAGAUUUCCCGAUUCAGUUGAAGCUAGAAGAAAACUAUCAUCCCCUGGAAAAAUGGAGAGCGAAUUGAACGUUUUAUGGGUUCCAAAGUCUCUAGCUCAACUAUUUUUCCCACUGUUAUUAGCCGAUUACUUUAGGAAGAAAGAAGAGGAGUCAUGCAAAAGACACAAAACGUCUCUGCAAAAAACCACUUUGGACAUGUUGGAGCAUUCCCCUACAAGAAGGUACAAAGCUACUACUACCACUACGGACCUACAUCCAAUGCCCAUUAAAUGGGCCCAACAAUUGAAAGCUAUCCCAAUAUUGCAAAUACCUUUUGACAAGAGAUCUCCCAGAACCUCACCAAAAGGCUCACCAAAAAACUCACCAAAAAACUCACCAAAAAACUCACCAAAAAACUCACCAAAAGGCUCACCCAAAAAACUUCAUGAAAUCCUCCCUGGUCAACAAAAACUAGAUCUGUUUUUUAAGCCAAAUCUACGAAAAGAUGUACAAGACAAUCCCUUUAUAGACCUUUAA